AUGCCACCACACAGUGUUUCUGGUGAUGAGCUAUGGGACGUUGAUGAGGGUGCUGCAGUAGUGCCAGAGAUUCCCGAAGGCGAAUUUCUUGCCUUGCAUCGUUCCACUGGAGGAAAAGCAGUUUCCUUUUGGGACUCUGUCAGUUUCCGAGAAAUUGCACCAUUGACUGAGAUUUCUGAUGAAGAAAUUGCCAAUGUUUGGUACAGUGAUGAUGAAUACGCCAAAAUUAAAGAACAUGUCACGGCUACCUUGAAGCGAGUGGCCAAUGGCGAGCCCGCUGAUUUGGAAGACGGAUACUGCAUGAGAGGGCUGGAAGGAAGGACCAAGUUUGGUGGAAGGAGGCGAAAGAAUAACAAAUCCGCUGCCCUCGAUGCUGUUUGGAGUACGCAAAUCCAACAAUGGAAAAAGAAGCAAAGCAAUCCAAUUCAAAUUGCUGCUGCCUACAAAAUACAUUCUUUGCGGGCCAGAUAUCCCGCCAUUGAAACUGGACAACGAGAUGCACGCUUUGUGAAAGACUUCAUGGGCCCAAUUCCGAAAAAAGAAUGA